GAGGGGGAGGGGGAAAGAGGCGAGGCUCGCGCCCUCCACCGUCCACCCGCUUUAAGGGGAUUCCGGUGUAAAUGUCAAGAGGCGCCUGAGCCCGCUUUGCCUUCGGAGGAGGAGAGGCGCGCGCGCGCUCACGCACGCUCGGGACCCGCUCGCCUGCCCUCCCCGAGCACACCCCGCCGGACUUGGGUUCCCUAUGCCCCUGAUCGGGGACGGCGGAUUGGCAUCUUGGAAGCGAUGCAAGAGCGAUAAGGCUGGCGCCGGCCCGCGGAAGCUGCAGGAGCAUCGCUAGGUGUUGCCACCACCAGGAAGCCGGGCUGCAGCCUCUCCGGAAUCCGCAUCCCUGGAGCAGGGUUUCUGACGUCCUCCUAACCUGCAGCCAGCGACAUGCGGCAGCGUGGCAGAAAUACAGCUGCAUGUCUCUGUUGUCACUCUCAAUCAGGAUGAGUAAGAGAUACUUACAGAAAGCAACAAAAGGAAAACUGCUGAUAAUAAUAUUUAUCGUAACCUUGUGGGGGAAAGUUGUAUCCAGUGCAAACCACCAUAAAGCUCACCAUGUUAAAACGGGCACUUGCGAGGUGGUGGCACUCCACAGAUGCUGUAACAAGAACAAGAUAGAAGAACGGUCACAAACUGUCAAGUGCUCCUGCUUCCCCGGGCAGGUGGCAGGCACCACUCGAGCUGCUCCAUCCUGCGUGGAUGCUUCCAUCGUGGAACAGAAAUGGUGGUGCCACAUGCAGCCAUGUCUUGAGGGAGAGGAAUGUAAAGUGCUUCCCGAUCGGAAAGGAUGGAGCUGCUCCUCUGGGAAUAAAGUGAAAACAACUCGGGUAACCCACUAACUAAGAACCAAUCAAGUGACCCUCAAGGCUGAUUACGUGGAACAUACGCAGAGAAACUCAACUUCUGAGGCGAUCUGGAAGGAAGAUUUUUAUACUGCUCUGAAGAGGCUCUCCAGACUCAUUUCCAAGGGAUUUUAUGGCUCGUAAUCAGCAUCUUCUUGAAAUGGAGACUUUCAAAAAGUCAGACUUGAACUUCUUUGUCAUGAAGACAUCCUCGGAUUUGAACUGUUCACCUUGUAAAAUUGCACUUGCUAAAAGAAUUUGAAGUGGCCAUCUGAAGAGUUGGCGUUUCGGGGGGGAUGUCAGAGACACUCGCCUUUUGGGCUCUUGGCUCCCAACAUGACUGCUUUUCCUGUUUCUGAGAGUCUGCCGAGGGCACUGGCCUUCAGUCAUGGAUGUGCUCCUGGGUCUGGUCCUGUGUUCAGUGGCUAGUGGGACUGUACAUGGCUUUAGUGACAUUUCCUUUGCAAACUUCUCCUCUGGCAUGGUGUGGACUGAGAUCGUUUUGUUUGUAUCCUAAUCAUGGAGCUCUAAAAGCCUACAUGUUUUAACAUCUUAAAGUUGCUUUUGUUAAAGGAAUGGAAAAAUAUAUCCAUUGAUAAUAAUUAUUGUUGGCAAGUAAUAGUUACCUGAAUACAUCAAUCACAUAAGAAUGUAUAGACUAGCUGACAUGUUUCCCUAAGGCUGACACACUGCUGCAGCUCUCUGCCAGUUAAAUAGGUAGUAGUUAGAACUGAAUUACCGUUUUCAUUAUACACUAUUUUGUGCUUCUAGAGUACCCCUUUUUUUUUUUUUUAAGUGGGCUGUUUUCUUUCCUUUUUAUGUUUACUUUUUUCUUUCACAGAAAUCAGCAGUGAGCAGUCAAGUAUUUGGUUAGAUAGCCUUCAGUUUCAAAAACGGCCAGGGAUGCAUGUGGGUUUCUGAUUUCUUAGCUUGGAAGAUAUUCACUUACAUUUCUUUAAGUAUUUUUUUUAAACUGUCUUUUCUAUCUCAUUUUAGAAGACUGUCUCUUGCUUGAUCCCAAUGACUGUUUGAAUGCUGUUUGUCCAGUCUGUUGAUAAAAUAAAUUGUUCAUUUUCCUUGGUCUCAAAUUUAUAAAUAUUUGCUAAUAGCUGUCCCAUUGAAACAGUUUCUUGGUCACUUUUUGCCCACAGUUUUGUAGUCAUUUUCACAUUUGUGGUUUUCAGUUCUACAGGAAAGUCUUAUAAAUAUUUAAAGGCCUUAAACAUGUAUGUACCUUUUUCCCUAAGUUAUUACAGAAUGUAUAAUUUUAUACUGCAUUUGUUUCAUUAAGGAUGUGAAGGGAGGGAAGAAUGGAAGUUGUAAAGCUAUUCAGUAAUAAUAUUGUAUAAACUUACAGUUUGAAGGGAUGUAAAGAGAAGGACUUCUGUGUUUUCUCAUCUCAGAAGGAUAGGAAGAUACUUCAGACAGUGUGCUAUUAGAAGUUCCAUUUUGUUAGAGAAGGUGUGGACAUCUUUUGUGUUUCUAAAUCUCACUGAUAUGGCCAAAAAGGUAUACGUUGGUUUCCAUGAUGGAGGCUGAGCAUCCUGAAGGCCUUUGGUCUGUUAGUUGGUAACAACUUUCAGAGACUAAUACAUUACCAAGAUCUUUUCUGGGCAGAACAACUGAUAACGUUAAAAUUUGUUUAAAAGUUGAAUGUGUAAAGUAUGCUUUUGACAUUGAACUAAAGUAUACUGCCCUACAAGUCAAUGAAAUGACUUCUUCCUUUUAUUUCAAUUAUGCAUAAAACUAAUUAGAUUGCUCUAAGUGGAUUUUUCAAUGGUUCAGUACUAUAUGAACUCGAAGACAGAAAUAACAGUUGUGCUGGAGUUUCUGCAUCAAUUAUAUCAUUAAUUUGUUUGGAACAAAGAAGAAAACUAUAUUAUUUUGGAAAUUAUGAAUUUGUCCUAGGUUUGUUUGAAAUUAUAGGUCAUGCCUCUCAUUUAUUAAACUAUGUCCUUUAAAACAACACUGAAAAUUCUGUAUUAUAUAUAAGUGUAAUACAUGCAUAUCAAUAGAAAAAAAUAAAUGGAAUUUCAAAUAUACUAACUAGAUUAUUCCCAGUAGAUUAAUGUUGUGACUAUUCAGAAAAGGUGAAUAAAAUUGGGAUACAAAAUGGACUCUC